AGCCAGGUGCUGUAGUGUGCAUCGCUCAAGCCAGUGUGCGAUGGGGUUGUCCUCAAUGCAUUGUCCGGACAGGGGCAAAUCCUGGUCCAGGUGCUGGUGCCGGUCAUGGGGAGACCCUGCCCAACACCAAGGCUGCAUGGGAGUGACCUUUGGUGGGGGCAAUGGCAGGUUACCCUCAGCCCCCCUCCUGUUGCUCAUCUCUGGGUGUUGCGCAGCCUGUUCCCAUGGGAAGGGCAGAAGAGAGCUGAGGUGGACCGAGGGCAGAGCAUCCCCCAGCGCCUGCGUGGGAUGGAGCCGCCGGCGGCUCUGCGCAGGAGCUGGCGCCAGGAGCUGCCGUGGGAGAUGCUGUCGGAUGCUCUUUACACCCACAGGGACCUUCUCCCACCUCUUUUGUGCCACACAAAUCCGUGGGUGCCCUUAUCUCACCUCACUGUGUCCUUCAGAGGUCUGUGCCUUGCCUGCCUUUGCUCUCUUCCCAUCUAUAGCAAAGCACCUGCUCCGUGCCAGGGGCAGUUACUUGCUCCAGAGGCUGGUAGUUUGCCCAAGUGUGGGGCCAAUUUCCAACCCCUAUACAGACACCCAUCUGUAAAGGGGUGAUUGCCCAUGGCAUGACCCAAGGCCACCCGUGGGUGAAUGCCAGGGGCUCAACAGUGCUGUGGUGGCCCUGGCCACCCACAUCUGAGCUGCUGUGAUUGGAAGAUCCCUCUGUGACCUCCAUGGGUGCUUAAGGAUGGGGGAGAACAUCUGGCAGCUUGUAUGGUGGUGAAGGACAGGAUCAAGGCUCACACCCUAUGCAGAGAUCUGUCUGCUAGGGGGUGGUCGAGAUGGGUUGAGGCUGCCCAGGGGUGUUUGGAGAAGGAUGGAGAGAAACCUGGGUGGUAGCAAGGAGCUAGAUGUGAGCAGGAAGGCUUUAACGGGGGGCAGGAGGUCUGAUGGGAGAGGAGGAGGGCAUGCAGCAAUCACUGAGUUGUGAGGGAGGAUCAGGCCGUGCUCAGGGUGUCCGGAGUUUGGUCAGAUAACCAAAGGUCGAGAAGCAGCAGGAAUUGUCCUUGUGGGAGUGUGGGGUUCGCUCAGCCUGUGCCCUCCCCGGUGCUCGCUGGGUCUCUGCGGCUCCAGCAGCAUGACCGGGGAAUGAAUUACAGCCACUGGAUUUUCCAUGCCUUAGUAUAGGCAUGGCCCCAGCCUCGGCCCCCGCGUGAUGGAGCGAGUGAGCCCUGUGUUUCUGGCUCUCUGCGAGAUGCAGUUGGAGGCUCUUGGGUAGUGCAAGUCAGGAGAGAAACUGGUGGGAAUUAUUUUUUUUUCUUCUUUUUCAAACAAAAAAAAAUAAUAAAAAAAAAAGCCCUCCCACCACCACAAGAUGUUUCUGUCUAACGGCUCCGUUCCCUCUUCGCUAAAUACAAAUUACGGCUCUGACAGCCGGAGGCAUUUAUCUCUAGCUGAAUGCCAAUUGCUUUCAAGAACAAAAUGUUUGAAGUUCCUUUAAGGUGAAGGCGGCAGCAUGGUCUCUGCCGCUGCUUUCAGCCUCCAAAGCCCUGCUGUCACCACCCCAACUCCCAUCCCAGGUCCCUGGCUGGGAGAGGAGGGGACACACACGGGCUGCUGGCUACAUAUAGGCAUAGCUCAGCCCUCUGGGCCCACCCAGGGGCAGGGGGAGGACACGGUCCCGGCCUGACGUGAGCAGUGGCGUGGCUUUUAUAAUGCCAUGCCCUGUUUCAGGCUCUCCCUACUCCCUUCAGCCUCAGAGAUGAGUGUCCCUGUCCCUGCCUUAGUCCUCAGAGGGUUACAGCUGGAGCCAGGACACAUCUUGGCCCCAGGGCUCUGACCUCCAUUGGGAAGCGUGGACUUGAGCCGGCUGUGGUGCUGCUGGCCGGUGGGACGCAGGGAGCACCAGCUCCGCGAUAAGAAUAAGUACUCGGCUCCCGGCAGCGUCGCCGUCAUGGGCAAGGACUAUUACAAGAUCCUGGGCAUCCAGACCGGUGCCAACGAGGAUGAAAUCAAGAAAGCCUAUCGGAAAAUGGCCCUCAAGUAUCACCCUGAUAAGAAUAAAGACCCCAACGCCGAGGAGAAGUUCAAGGAGAUCGCGGAGGCUUAUGAUGUCCUGAGUGACCCCAAGAAGCGAGCUGUAUAUGACCAGUAUGGGGAGGAAGGUCUCAAAACUGGAGGUGGCUCUUCAGGUGGCUCAGGGAACACUUUCCACUACACCUUCCAUGGAGACCCCCAUGCCACCUUUGCCUCCUUCUUCGGAGGCUCCAACCCUUUUGACAUCUUCUUCGCCAGCAGCCGCUCCCGAAUAUUCAACGGGUUUGACCAGGAAGACAUGGACAUCGAUGAAGACGACGACCCUUUCAGUGCCUUCGGCCGGUUUGGCUUCAACGGCAUCAACGGGGUUCACCGGCGGCACCAAGAGUCCCUGCACACACGCAGGAAGGUCCAAGACCCACCCGUAAUCCACGAGCUCAAGGUGUCCCUGGAAGAGAUCUACCACGGCUCCACCAAGAGGAUGAAGAUCACGCGCAGAAGGCUCAAUGCUGAUGGCCGGACCAUGCGGACUGAGGACAAGAUCCUAAACAUUGUCAUCAAACGGGGUUGGAAGGAGGGAACCAAAAUCACAUUCCCCAAAGAAGGGGAUGCCACCCCAGACAACAUCCCUGCUGACAUCGUCUUCAUCCUCAAGGACAAGCCUCACUCGCACUUCAAGAGGGAUGGAACGAACGUGGUCUACACGGCAAACAUCAGUCUUAAAGAGGCCUUGUGCGGCUGCACCGUGAACAUUCCCACCAUCGACGGGCGGGUGAUCCCGCUGCCCUGCAACGAUAUCAUCAAGCCGGGGACAGUGAAGAGACUGCGUGGGGAGGGGCUGCCCUUCCCCAAGGCUCCCAGCCAGCGAGGAGACUUGAUCGUGGAGUUCAAAAUCCGCUUCCCGGACAGAAUAGCUCCUCAGACGAGACAGAUCCUCAAGCAGCACCUCCCGUGCUCCUAAAGCCCGGGGACUCCUCUCCAAGCAGCAAUACUCCUAUCGCUCGUGCCGCAGCACCGCGGAGCAGAGGUGCCACAGCACUUUCAAAUGCAAAAAGAAAACAACAAGAA